CUUGGCCUACACGACAUCAGGAACAACAGAGAACAUGCGACACCAGACAUCGGCGUAUACGGCAUGUGGAGGUCGUUCCAACGAUUACAGUGAUGAAAUCCGAUCACCCAACUUCCCUUACAACUACCCAGACAAUGCAUACUGUGAAUACAUCAUUGAUCCGGGCACUGAUGUAAUAUUGAGAGUGGACACCUUGUCACUGCAAACAUGCUGUGAUCACUUGAAGGUGAUGGACCGCUAUGGCUAUGAGUACCACAUGUCGGAUACCGAGGACAUGAUAAAUGACUACUUUCGGAUACUUUUCACAUCUGAUAGCAGCGUCUCCGACAAAGGGUUUAGAAUUUCCUGGAAGCCAAGUCGGGAUGUCACACCGCCUCAUUAUAACAACUGCGGAUCAAGUUACAGCACCAGCUCAUCCGGCACCAUCACAUCGCCGAACUACCCCAACAUGUACAUGAACAACGCUGACUGCGAAUACAUCAUCAGCCCUGGCACCGACAUCUAUCUCCGAGUAGUUGACAAACGCCUUGAGGCGUGCUGUGACCAUCUGAGGAUAUAUGAUCAACAUGGAAACAAACUGACUGAGGAUUCAAAUGGUGGUUUCUCCGGCAAUCACUUCCGGGUGGUUUUCACCUCCGAUAGUAGCGGUGUCGACAAAGGAUUCCAACUACAAUAUGAACCAGACCAACAUUCACCCUCGACAGCUGUCUAUCCUAUGACAGGAACAACAGAGAACAUGCGACACCAGACAUCCGCGUAUACGGCAUGUGGAGGUCGUUCCAACGAUUACAGUGAUGAAAUCCGAUCACCCAACUUCCCUUACAACUACCCAGACAAUGCAUACUGUGAAUACAUCAUUGAUCCGGGCACUGAUGUAAUAUUGAGAGUGGACACCUUGUCACUGCAAACAUGCUGUGAUCACUUGAAGGUGAUGGACCGCUAUGGCUAUGAGUACCACAUGUCGGAUACCGAGGACAUGAUAAAUGACUACUUUCGGAUACUUUUCACAUCUGAUAGCAGCGUCUCCGACAAAGGGUUUAGAAUUUCCUGGAAGCCAAGUCGGGAUGUCACACCGCCUCAUUAUAACAACUGCGGAUCAAGUUACAGCACCAGCUCAUCCGGCACCAUCACAUCGCCGAACUACCCCAACAUGUACAUGAACAACGCUGACUGCGAAUACAUCAUCAGCCCUGGCACCAACAUCUAUCUCCGGGUAGUUGACAAACGCCUUGAGGCGUGCUGUGACCAUCUGAGGAUAUAUGAUCAACAUGGAAACAAACUGACUGAGGAUUCAAAUGGUGGUUUCUCCGGCAAUCACUUCCGGGUGGUUUUCACCUCCGAUAGCAGCGGUGUCGACAAAGGAUUCCAACUACAAUAUGAACCAGACCAACAUGCACCCUCGACAGCUGUCUAUCCUUGGACAGAUCACAAUUUGCCCUCGACAAGAAAAGCAGGGUGUGGAGGACUCUACACGGCGCCUAAUGGUGUAAUCAGAUCACCCAACUUCCCUGACAACUACCCAGACAAUGCAUACUGUGAAUACAUCAUAGAUCCGGGCAUUGAUGUAACAUUGAGAGUGGACACCUUGUUUGAAGCAUGCUGUGUUCACGUGAAGGUGAUGGACCGCUAUGGCUAUGAGUACAAUGUUUCGGAUACCGCGAAUACGACUAAUGACUACUUUCGGAUUGUUUUCAAAUCUGAUCAUGGCGGCACAGGCACAGGAUAUAACAUCUUUUUUUUUCCAAGUAACGACAUCAAUCCGAAAUUAUAUUACACAUCAACGUACAGCACCAGCCUGUCCGGUAUGAUUACAUCCCCAAACUACCCCAACGACUACGUCAACAACGCUCACUGUACAUACAUCAUCGAUACUGGUACCAAAGUCUACCUCAGAAUUACUGACCAACAACUCCAGCGGUGCUGUGACCAUCUUAUGAUAUAUGAUCAACAUGGACACAAACUGACUGAAGAUUCAAAUGGCGGCUUCUCCGGCAAUCACUUCCGGGUAUUGUUCACAUCUGACAGUAGCGGUGUCGACAAAGGAUUCAAAAUUCAGUAUGGACCAGGUCACCAUUCGCUCUCAACAACUACCUCUCCUACAACAGGUCACCAUUCACUCUUGACAACCUCUCCUACAACAGAAAAACAACAUAGCACGUCCAGGGAGUGGAACGAUACCACAACUCCAGGGCCUUCAACGUGUGGUCAGACGAGCUACAGCACCACUGGCGUUAUCGAAUCCCCCAACUACCCCUCCAGCUACUUCAACAACCUCCACUGUGUCUACCACAUCCUCACGCCAACCUACAGUGAACUUAGAAUUGACGCUAUUCAUUUACAAGAGGGUCAUGACUACAUUAGGGUGUCUUACGAAGAUUUAUAUGGGAACCAUCAAAACAGGACAUUCACUGGUAGCAGGCGUGGUACAAUGGUCGGCAAAUACUUUGAUAUCACCUUCACCACUGAUGCAAGCAAUACUGACCGAGGAUUCCAUCUGUCCUGGAAUUAUGAUUUCCAGGUUGAAGAACGAACCAGUGAGAAAGACUCCAGCACAAAAGGAACUGUCCCAGCAUCGCUUAUGACGAUUGCUGCAGUUGUCAUGGUGAUUGCUGCUGUUGUCAUGGUGAUAGCUGUGGUCUUGGUGAUAAGAGUACAACGCCGUAACAAAUCCCUCCUAACUGGCGCUGAUACUGAUUUCCAUUCGCUCUGACCAUACCUCUCCUGAUAUCGUUAUUUGAACUCAACAUUGCUGAUAGAAAAUAGAUUUAUAGAAAAUGUUGUUUCAAAGACGAUCAUAUUCGUGUCCAUACAGGUUCUUUUUUUGGUCAUAUACACCUCAAAAAUAAAAGAUGUUUCGAAUAGAAAGCAUACAAACACUGGUUCAUUUGCGAUAACAUGUUUUAACAUGUAUUUCAUGUUUAUAACUCUCGUAUUCCGAAUUCAUAAAACCGUCUUUUUAACCA